AGUUACACUUGCUUCAAAAAUGUAUCUUUGAAUGCUGACAGGUUUAGUUGUGAAGAUGCUGAAGAAUGUUAACUUAAUAAACUUAACGGUUAAUAUGAAUUGACUUUAGUUAAUUUAACUGCAGAAGCUGCAACAAUAUCUGCUAAAAUACUAGAAUAACUAUUGAAUGUUAAUAAAGAUGGAUAGAAUUUAAGUUUUGUUAACUAAAAAUAAUUGAGGAAAUAAAAAAAGGAAGACUUACAAUGACAUAAAUAAGUUUAAAGAUUUCCAAAGUUGAUUUUAAAUGACCGGCCUCAUGUUUUAGGAAAGAAACAACUUUUGUUUUAAGGAUUUAAAGUUUAUUCUCAUUUAAGUUUCUUUUUCUUUUUUUUUUUUUUUUUAAAUCAAGCUUAGAGAAAUAACCAAAUGGUUGCAGGUGGCCUCAGUUUUAUUGAACAAAAGCUUCUAAAUAAUCUAAAGUUUUGUUUAUUGCUUUCCUCCAUAUAAUUUCUAAAAGAACAAAAAAUAAACUAAAAAGAUGUUAAGUAACUUUAAAUAAAUUAUAGAGGAAAAUUAAAUCUGCAUUCAGAAUUCUAUUUAGAAAAUGUCAGAGUUAAAGAUCUGAAUGAGGUAAAUGUUAGAGGAAAGUAAACAUGUGGUCAGACUGUGGAUUUCUUCUCUGUAUUUAUAAACUUUAAGUUUACAUUCAUCAUUUUGUUUGUGAUUCUGAUUGUAAUUUUCUGUCUUUUCUUAUUUCUCCUGCAGGAAUGAGUAUAAAAACUGAAGAUCUCUAUAAAAGAGUUGGAGAAGAUGUUUCUUUCCAUUGUGGUGUUGAUAGAUCCUCUAACCAAUGCUCUGAUGUUCUAUGGUUGUACGACAGAGAUUUACAGUCAGGGACUAUAAACAAAGCAAAAACUCCAGAAAACAGUCCAGUUCAAGCUUCCAGACUGAGUGUGAGCAGAAACUGUUCUCUGACCAUCAGAAACAUCACUGAUGAAGAUGCUGGUCGAUACGUCUGUUGGAUUGGAAAGAGUGAUGCCCUUGUGUAUCUUAAUAUUUUGAACAUUUCUUCAUCAGAUGUUAAUGGAAGAGUGGACCUAACAUGCUCUAUGAAGAGGUUUAAUGAUCGUCUCUGUGAACAGAACAGCUUCAUCUGGAUGGAUGAGACCAGAACUGAACUGUCUGAUAAAAACUCUGAGUUUGAGGUUAAAAACCAAACAAACUGUGAUUCUGUUCUGACUGUCAAACAUCAGAGUAAAAACAUCCAAAGAUUCACCUGCCAGAUUGUGAGGGACAAGAAAGUGAAGAUAGAAGCUGUCUAUGUUCUUACAGGAAUCAGUGGACAAACUGAACGUCUCUAUCACAGAGUUGGAGAUGACGUCACUUUACCUUGUAGAGAUGAAUCCUCCUCUUCCUCAUGCUCUGAUGUUAACUGGCUGUAUAAGAAACAUCCAAGUUCAGAACUUAGAACAGAAGUACAGAAUGGAAAAGUUGUCCAGAGUUCAGCUGGAGCUUCCAGACUGAGUGUGAGCAGUAACUGCUCUCUGUUCAUCAGAAACAUCACUGAUGAAGAUGUUGGUGGAUACAUCUGUCAGCUCAAGAACAAGAAUGAUGCUCAUCUGGUUCUUAAUACUUUGAGCAUUUCUUCAGAUCCACCAGAAGUUCAUCCAAGAGAAAAUGGAAGUUUCACAUUAAAGUGUUCACUGAAUAGAUAUGAUAAAAGAAUUCCCUGUAAAGAGAACAGCAUCAUCUGGAGGGAUGAGAGAGGAUCUCAUCUGACUGGUGAAGGUGUUUGGUUUGAGUUUAGAGGACAAACAAACUGUGUUUCUGUUCUGGUUGUGAAACAUCAGAGUGGAAACAAUAAAAGAUUCACCUGCCAGUUUAUUGAGGACAACAAAGCGGAGAUUGAUGCUGUCUAUGUUCUAGAUAUUUCAGAUCUUCCUGGUCAUAACUUCAUCCUCAUGGUUGGAUCAGUGGUGAAGGUGGUGUUGAUGUUUCUGGGUUUGGUUGCUGCUCUGAUCUACAUGUACAGGAGGAGAACCAAAGAGAAUGAAGAGCAGAGAACUAGAACAAAGAGAAGAACAGUUGAUGGUGAUGAAGAUGAUCUGUGAGGAAGAAAUGCAGACAAAGAC